GUUUAAGAUAAAAGGGUUUUGAAAAUCUUAAACUUACCUUCACUUAAGGCGAACCAAAAACCGACAGCGUAGUGUUCACUGUUGGGUGGGUAGUACCCCUAAACGAGUAGGUACUCAAGUUUGGUACCUUCAAGACGUUGAAGGAUAACGGAGCGGAAGAGUUUCGAGGAGACAAGAUGGGGGAGCCCCAGAUUGCAUUGGAUUGGCUUGAGCAGAUGGACCGGGUACUCAAAAAUUUGAGAGUCCCAGAUGCUGAUCGCUCGGAGUUGGCGUCACAGAUAUUCCGGAAGGGAGCAUAUGAUUGGUGGAAGCGCAUUGACCAGGAUCCACACACGCCCAAGCCUUGGACCUGGGAUCGCUUUAAUCGAGCCUUCACGAAGGAGUACGUCCCCACCCGGUACCGCGAGGAGAGGCGCGAUGAGUUCGUUGCGCUUAAGCAGGAGGGGAUGUCACUGCCUGAACUGAGACAGAAGUUCGACUACUUGUCCCAGUAUGCGACGAGUCUGGUCUCCACUCCGGAGGAUCGUUUGAAUGAGUUCGUCAAGAAGCUACGGCCGGACUUGAGGCCGUACGCCGCGCUGAUCACGACGACAGAUUUUAAUGCGGCGUAUGAUUUGAUUGUGAAGACGGAAAAGAGCUUGGACGAUUUGCAGGCAACCAAGAAGGAGGAUCGAGCGACGAAAGACCUGCGACCUGCGGCCAGCACCGGGCCGAGCGGGAAGAGUUUUGGAUUCGGGGGAAAGAGCCUCCAGUCGCUGCCCAGCGUCGCCAAGCCUCCGCCUCUUUGCCGCACCAGCCAAUCGCGCUGCCCAUCCUUCGCCGGAAGUCCGUCGCCUCCCCUACCGGCAACCACCAUCAUUGCCGUCGAGUCCAAUCGCCGCCGCUGCUUUCUUCGUCGGUCGUCCGCCGCCGUCGAGUUGCAGCGCCGCCGGUCGCCCUUCCCCAGCCAGUCGCCGCCGUUGCUUCCUUCGCCAGUAGCCGCCGCCCUCAUCGUCGACGAAUUGCAGCGCCGCCACGCCGAGCGCUGGACGUCGCCUCCACUGCCGGCGUCCUUCCUCGCCGACGAAUUGCAGCGCCGCCAGUCGCUGCUCAUCGCCGUUGAGUUGCCGCUCCGCCACUGUCGCCGGCGUCCGUCACCGUCGCCGCAUCCAGCCGCAUUCCCGAGUUGAUAUCGCCGGAAGAUUAACCUCCACGCCGGAUUGAUUGGUCGAUUUCGCAUUUUGACUCAAUUUGACCCGCUCGUUUGAUUUCGUUGAUUUGUCUUCCGUUCGAGCUAUUGAUUCGAUUUCAGCGUAAUCCAGGUCCGUACUAUGAAGUUAAUAGCAUUUAGAAUAGAUUUAAUGGGUUGGA